UCUCAACCCUUAACAUGGACAUCUCCGACCAUCUAAUGGAUGGCAAUGUCAUCGACACCACUGAGAUGGAUCCAUUCGUGCUAGAUAUAAGAUCACCUGUUGCGCAAACAAAACAUCAGAACCUUUUAAAUGGACAGCGAGAUGCCGUAUCCAGAUCACCUUCAUUUCGACAAGAAGUUAUCUCCUUACCCCAGAAGGGUAUGGCGCACUUACCAUACUCGACUUCUCAGACUGGCCUUGUUUAUGAUGUGCGCAUGCGCUUUCAUGUUGAGGUACGCCCCGAAGUCAACCAAGGAGUACACCCAGAAGAUCCUAGGCGAAUCUACGCGAUCUACAAGGAGCUAGUAGAUGCGGGCUUGGUUGACGACCCCAACACGGUCAGCUUAGCACCAUCUGUUCUCGCAAGAAUUCCUACCAGAUUUGUUACNAAAGAGGAAGUCUGCGCGGUCCACUCAGAGCGGCAUUACGAGUGGGUCAUUGGUCUGGAAAACUGGGACAACGACAUUCUCCACGACGCCGGCCAACAAAUGGACAGCAUAUACCUAUCAAAGAAUUCGCCAAUGUGCGCGAGACUCUCAGCUGGUGGUGCGAUUGAAGCAUGCCGUGGAAUUCUUAACGGUCACGUAAAAAAUGCUGUGGCUGUCAUUCGUCCACCCGGACAUCAUGCUGAGCAUGAUGAACCAAUGGGUUUCUGCCUCUUCAAUAACGUACCCAUCGCGAUCAAGGCCUGCCAGAAAGAGUUCGGUGACAAAUGUCGCAAAGUUCUAAUCCUCGACUGGGACGUACACCAUGGCAAUGGUGUGCAGCAAGCUUUCUACAACGACCCUAAUGUGCUCUACAUUUCUUUGCAUGUCCACCAAGGAGGGAAAUUCUACCCUGCUGGGCCCGCAGGAGAUCACCUACACUGCGGUGAAGGGGCCGGUCUUGGAAAGAACAUCAACAUUCCAUGGAGAACGGCCGGCAUGACGGAUGCCGACUAUCUUCUUGCUUUCCAAAAGAUUGUCAUGCCAAUUGCGCAAGAUUUCGACCCUGACCUUGUGGUAGUUUCUGCCGGCUUCGAUGCCGCAGAGGGAGAUAUGCUGGGAAAGUGCCAUGUUUCACCUGCUGGCUAUGCCCACAUGACACGCAUGCUCAUGUCAUUAGCCGAUGGAAAAAUCGCCGUGUGUCUCGAAGGAGGGUACAACUUGAGGUCCAUUGCGAUAUCAGCUCUUGCAGUCACGCGUACCUUGAUGGGUGAGCCACCUGGCAGGCCCGUCACUACAGUGGCUACACCAUCUGCCGUGGAUACAGUCGAAGAAGUUCUCCGCCAGCAAGCAUAUUACUGGCCGUGUCUGUUUCCCAGAAACCCUUCUCACCGACUCAAGAAGCUGGGAAGUGAGAGAAUGCACGACAUUAUUAGGGAUUAUCAGGCUGCAUGGCUUUGGGAAAACCUUGAAAUGUCGAACCUUUUCAUCGCGCACUCUAAAGCAUCAAGGAGCUUUAAGAACCAANNACCAAACCACUCCGAAGCUCGCCCACUUCUUGUCAUCUUCCACGAUCCUCCAGAGCUCACCGGCGAGACCGAUCCGAGAACUCGAGAACUUCAACUACAUAACACCUGGCUGACUGAUUCUGUAAAGCAAUACACACAAUGGGCGGUUGACAAAGGAUUUGCUGUCAUCGACAUCAAUAUCCCCAAGCAUGUCACCGAGCCGGAAGACAGCCACGAGUACGCCGCAGAAGCAGAUCCACAGCAGAGAACCGAUGAAACAGAACUACUUGCAAAGUAUUUGUGGGACAACUACAUUGAACUGAGUGACUCUAAUCACAUCUUCUUCAUGGGCGUCGGUCAAGCCUAUUCUAGCCUGAUCGGCUUCCUCAANAAGAACGACAGAUGUCGAGAAAAGCUGAGAAAGAUUAUUGGCUUUAUAUCAGAUUCAUGCCCCUUGCCAUCUUACAAAGCAACAACAGACGAUUACUUGGACCGAUGGUACAAGGACACGUCGAAAAUCUACGUCGCUCCAAACCACUUUUUGUGGGAAAAGCACAAGAUGAAGCCUCCAUCUAGGAAGUGGGGCUCAUUGCAGAAGAGCGAGUACAACGACAUGCAAGAGAUGCUUGCGUAUCAUCACAAGGAAGCCACGGGUAUCUUGAAUGAGGAGGUUGAUGGCUGGCAGCCAUCGGACGUAUCAGUAGUCGUGGCCAGCGAAGGAGAGACA